CAUGGGAUCUAUGUUCACGCUAUAUGGACCAUGCCAGUUGGUUCUUCCGACCCCUCGUACGAGAUGAACUCAUAAACGAUGUUAUGACUCCUAUUUACAAGAUUAAUCGGGAUGGCGGUAAUCCCAAUCAUCCUACCCACUGCUGCCCUCAUAAAUUGGGUCUGCUGUUUUUCACUUUUGCAAUUGGUGCCUUGAUGGACUUGGAACUGCUGCCAUAUAAUGCGGAGGCAGAGCGCUAUUAUGAUCUGGGGAGGGCUGCCUUAUCUCUUCGUUCCGUUUUCGAUUCUCCUCAAGUUCAAACUGUUCAGGCUGUAGGACUUAUGGCUAGUUAUCAUGCGUUGGCGGGGAAAAAUUACACUAGAGAUAGUGUAUGGUCCAUCAUGUCACUCGCGGCCAAGCUGGCACAAAGUAUUGGACUACAUCGCGACGGCACCCGAUGGAACCUAGAUAGCCGAACAGUUCAUCGACGCCGCAACCUGUUCUGGGAGGUCUUUUCCGCCGAUGUUUCUCAUAGCUUAGCACUUGGACGUCCUCCUUCUAUUCAUCUGUCUUACGUCGACUGCGAAUUCCCGAAGGACGAGGACGAAAUGAUUUCCGAUACCGGAGAGGUCCAGGAAGGCUUUUGGCGAUGGAAGUACUCUUUCUCUAAAGAUGUCUUCUUGGCUGUGGCCGAGGCAACACUAACUGCCAAAAGUCCUAGCUACGCCACUAUUCUGGACCUUGACCGCAAGGUCCGCCAGAUGACCUUCCCUCCAUCGUACAAACCGUAUCCCUCGCCCGAAGACCGAGAUUAUCAUGUUCCAUCUUCUACCAUGCGCUCAUUUUAUUUAUCGCAGCAUCGUAUGAUUACUAUGCUCUAUUUACAUAGGAGCUUUUUUGCUCAAGCAUUGUUAGAUUACCCGAGUAACCCGCUUGCCAGCCCCUUUGGACCUUCUCUCCUCACCGCUUAUCGAUGUUCGUCUAUUAUAAUCAGGGCACAUGUUCAUCAGUUCCAGAGAUGCCCGGAGCUGGUGAUGCGAGCGUGGACUCUGCUGACCCAUACUUUUUCUGCUGCUGUCAUUGUUGGAUCGAUUGUAACCCGGACGCCCAAUUCCAACAUGGCACCUAGUGCCAUGAUCGAGCUUGGUCUCGCAGUCGAAAUCUUUGAAAAAUCAGCGAUACAUUGUUCACGAGCUAGGAUCGCUCUGCAUGUCCUCCGUAGACUUCGAGAAAAAGCGGCACAUGCAUAUGCACAAUAUCGUACGGGCAACUUUUCCAACCAGGAACCCACGUCCCUGCCGCGCGAAGACGAUACUCAAGAUGAACUUGCGAUCUUUGGGGGACAAGUCAGGAUCCUUCCCAGCAAGUUUCUUUCGUCGAAAAGACAGGCUCAGGCUAACAGCCCGCACCUGUCCGAUUCAACUUCUACUACAUCGUCUAGUCUGGACAGCAUCGAUGUUCAAACUUUCCCAUCAUACUCUUCUACAGGCGCAAGAAAUCAUGUCACGUCUAGUUAUUUUUCCUCAAGCAUUUCAAAUCCGCACCUGUCUUAUGCUAACCCUGAGCCGCAUGUCUAUUCGGUCGAAACGCGGCAGGAUGCUCACUCGUGGUACUCUCAGCCGGAACAUCCCCUGGCUGUAGCAGCAGACUAUGCCUCAACUAGACAUUACGUUUCAGACUAUUCCACUGCUAUGCAGUGCCCGACUGCGCCCGCUUACAAUGCCUCCGGUGCUGACGAAGUACAGACAAUUGGCCUGACGCUCGAGGCUGGUAUGGAUGAUCAAUGGGUCACAUUUGUUCGACAAACUGGGAUAUUUGACGGUGGUUAUAAUGGUACUAUUGGAAUGGGAUAAGAAUAAGGUUUGGUGUUUUAUCAUAUUGUAUAUUAUUACUUGUAUUUGUAAAUAUAUCUGGGAAAACAGUGUAUUUUGUAUAUAUUUUCCU